CGGAAGCGAUCCCCCGGAUGCGAACGCCCUCCGUCUGGUUUUCCGUGUGAGACGUAGAGCCGAGCGACAAAGGCCACGAACGAGAUGCCGGUGGCCGUGGGUCCCUACGGGCAGUCCCAGCCAAGCUGCUUCGACCGCGUGAAGAUGGGCUUUGUCAUGGGUUGUGCCGUGGGCAUGGCGGCCGGAGCGCUCUUUGGCACCUUUUCCUGUCUCAGGAUCGGAAUGCGGGGUCGGGAGCUGAUGGGCGGCAUUGGGAAAACUAUGAUGCAGAGUGGCGGCACAUUUGGCACAUUCAUGGCCAUCGGAAUGGGCAUACGAUGCUAACCAGGACAGUGAUUGCCCACUACAUCUACAUCUUCCUAUCCACCCUGGCCCUUGUACCAUAAUAAAACAAAGUCUUUUCUUCUCA